AAUUUUUUUUUUUAGUGUUAAAAGCUAUAAUAAGUAUAUAUAUAUAUAUUCAAGAGAUCUUUAUAAAAACAACAUGGCCAGCACUGUCGCAUCACGUGGAACAGAAAGACUCUCAAAUGUGGAAACGCCAAAAUCUGAAGGAGGAAGCCCGAAAAUUACGAGAAAAUUGCGCGGGAAAAGAGCAAAAAUUGGCGGCAAAGUCGUUCUAUCAUGUGCAGCCAACGUUUGUGACGACACAAAGAUAACGUGGUUCAAGAAUGGCGCGGAAUUCACUGUUCCUUUUGUGACAUCACAAGAAGAAAAUGAACACAGGGUUUAUUCGACAAUAAAUGAAGAUGAAAUUGAACUCAUCAUAGACAACGUGCAACGUGACGAUGCCGGUUACUACUUAUGCGUCGCCUCCAAUUCACAAGGGGAAGCAAGUUCCAUGGCUGAACUAUCGGUGAAGGCUUUUUAGCAGAACAAGAGACUAUGACGUCACGGUGACGUCACAUUCCGGUUACGUCAUCAUUUCCAAAAUGCACUUCACUGAAAACAACAUUUCGUGUAUAUAAACUUAGUUAUCACUGUACUCGAAGCUUCUUGUUAUGUGCCUGAAAAGCACAGUGGGCCAUGCCGAAGAGUUGCAAACUAAAGUUGGACGUCGAUUCGACUCACGGACCCACAAGGGUCCACACUCACAGCAUGAAUUUAAAAGGAUUCAUGCAAUAUUAUUCAUAAAUCCGAGGAUGUCGGGCUGACGGCCCAAAAUUUGCGAUCGUAAUCGUCUCAUUGGCUCCCCCUAGCGAUUAUAUUUAUCGAUUUUCAGUAAUUAAUAUCAAAACGUUUUGUCAGUUUAUCUUUAUUUUUUUUAAGUUAUUUUCUUUCAAUUUUUCCUGUCGCUGAAAUUUUAUUCUGUAAAUAAAGAAACGAUGCAAAUAUGAGCGAUUCUUAUAUUAUUAAUGUUGAGCCAUCUGGUGUAAUUGGACACGUAGUGGACAUAACGAUCGUUUCAAUAUUAUGUUGUUCUUGUUCUUUGACACGUUUUUAAAAAGUCGCUUUUCUCUUCGAAUACUAGACCAAUUGCUUUGAAAUUUUCAGUGGUUAAAGAUAAAAAUUUUCUCCAGAAGGCUAAUAUUUGUUUUUUCGCUAUGACGUCAUCAAAAUUAUGUGACUCUACGUGUCCAUAUAUUUGAGCAUAGCUCUCUUGUCUUAGUGCUUUUUAUGUGUCGUUCAAAUUUAGGGAGUGGUAAAUAUUUUCGUUAUUAGUAAUAAAACUAUUUGUAAAUUAU